AUGGGUUCAAAGAUCUAUGACUGCCAGCAUGGAAAAGACAGAAAUGCUGCCCUUAAAAGGAAACAGCAGCAGCAACACAGGGAAGUAUACAACAGGCCAAAUGACAUUUUAAUUGACCAUGGCUGCCAGACGCUACUAUCCCCACAAGAUGCUGUUACUUUCUUUAACGUAAAGAAGAAGCAAAUUGGCAGGACUGACUGUGGCCUCUUGGCGCUAGUAUUUGCCACUGAUUUGUGCUUAGCUCUAGACCGACAUAAUCAGAAGUACAAACAGAAUGAGAUGCGCCAGCACCUUAUACAUUGUCUGGAAUCAGGAAAAAUGACCCCCUUUCCUAGAACUGACCGAAGAGUGCAAACUCAUCUCUCCUACAACAAAAUAGCUAUCAAAAUCUUUUGCCUUUCAAGGCUUCCAAAUGAUAAGUAA